AUGUGUGCAAGUGAGGACUUGUGCGGGCUUGCAAUGGUGAGUCCGAUAGGAAUCAUUCGGCUUGGCCUGAACAUUAUCGUACCCUCUGGCCAACACUCAUCAUGGCAGACCCAACCGACGUCGAAAUGCACGGCGCAACCAUCUGAAGUCGAGCCGAAGGAUUCCGACUGGGUGCGAUUAGAGACCACCAGUGAUGGCUUCACAUACCUCGUUAAGCGCAAAGUCGCGUUGGCAAGCGGCACAAUGAGGAAUAUGCUCGAUCCAACAAGUGGGCACACGGAAGCUAAAACGCGGAUAUGCUCCAUGAAAGUGAGGGGCAUCAUUACAGAGAAACUCGUUGAAUGUAUGUGUUUCAAAUCUCACUACGAGAGUGCUGCAUCAAAGGAGGACAUUCCCGCGAACGAGUUCAUGGAGUGCGUUCCGCCUGAGGGCAGGGAGGGCUACGUUGCCGAAUGGGUUAGCCGAGUUCGGAUUCAGCCUUGGCUCAUUCAGCCACGCAGCCCGACGGAGAAUCUCUGGAAUCGUUUUUGCGUGAUGCUAGACCUUGAUCACCUGAAGACGCAGGCAGAGAGGCGAUUUCACAGGCGUAUGAGGAAGGAUAUUGACCGUGUCAGGAGUGCUCUUGGGUCGAUGAAGCGUGUGGAGGAGUAUGAGAUCACUUCGGAACGAGGAACGAGGAACGACGCAUUGUCAGCUCUUCAAUGCUUUCCUCCAACCUGUGCUCUUCUUUCCUUGCUUGUUCGGGCGAACCUUCUUCGGCUCGAGAACCUGGAGGUUACGUUUCAUACUGGUGGGCUGCAAGAAAGGGACAUUCACAAUGCACUCGACGGAUUCAUCGUAUUCGUUCACAACUCCAAGGACACUUUACGAUCGUUUUCAAUCCUAUCCACUUGCUCCUCUGAGAACCUUGACCUCUCUCGGCUGUUCAGGUUACUCAAGAGAUUCCCCCAACUUCGUUCAGCGUCGCUCUCUAUUCUUUUUGAUAGAGGACACCUCUUCAACCCAGCCAGCUUCUCCAGUUUUCUGGAGCUGCGCCGAGAAACACUUCAGCGUGUUUCCCUCAAAACCAGCAGUUGCACCCCGGUCCAUACUGGCAAGAACGACCCCGCUUGUAUUAACUGGAUCCAGAGAAUCAUGCUGUCUGUCCACGUACCCUUCCCGCAGCUUUGCAGUCUGAAGUUGGCUUUGAGACCUUUUCGCGCGCCAUGA